CUUAUUCGUCAUUUGAAUUAUUCUGAAAAUUAAUCAAGUAAUUCCAACGAUUACAUAAAUGACCAGCCCAAAGAUUUAUUUAUUUUCGGUCCAAGCUAAUUAAAAUCAUAGCCCACCUUAUAUCCCCAUUUAAAAUUUGAGCCCAAAUCAAAAUAUUAGGAAAGGCCCAACUUAAAAGUCAAGAGAAAAAAAAACUGAGUCCACCAAAAAUUUACUCCCUUCUCCCUCUCGGUAUUUCCGCCUCCCUCACUCUCCUUCUUCACAAAUUCUCCAAGAGAUCGGCAACCCUAACUCCGUCGCCUUCCUCUUCACGACUCCACGACGUCGCUGCUGUCCCAGCUCACCGGGUCAGCCCUCGCCAGCCACCGCCGCUUCUGUCUUCUUAGCGGAAAUCGCCGCUGCAGCGAGAGGGGUGGUCACCGUCCGCCUUCGCUGCUGCUCAGUUAUCGCUCGGAAAGCCCCGAUUCACUGUUCGGAAGCCCCGAAUCCAACCCGAACAGCCCCGAUAAGAUAAGUUCUUCACAUUCUGUUAUGUUCUUUCGCUGUUUUCGAUUAAUUGCAGAGGUGUGUAUUCGCAUAUUGGUGUUCUCAAUUGAUUGAAUUAUUGCAAACAAGGGGUGAUUCAAUUGUUGAUUGCUCGAUUGUGUUAUUGAUUUAGCCUUUCGUGUGGGAGUGAGUUUGGCAGAUUGAGUAUUCUACACAAUGAGUGGUAUGUAUGUUUGUGAGUGGAGGAUGGAAGUGAGGAGCAUCAAAGUAUACCUUCUGUAGAAAAACUUGUGAAUGGGUUGAAAUGGACGGUCCUAUGAUUUGAAAAGAAAGUUGAAUGAGAAAUUUGGCAGCUCCUCGAUGAGUUGUUGGUUGAGAUCAAUAAUUGGAAAUCAAAGGGAAAAGAAUGGGUAUUACCGUGAGUUGUGGUGGUAGAAACUUAAAAACCAACAGCUCCUCUAUUCUCUCCCUCUCUCGGCUCUUCCUCUCUCUCUCUCUCAAUUGCUUAGCUAGAAAUUUGGAAAUGGUGGUUGUGAUAGGGUUAAAGGUAAUCACCGUGAAUUUGAGGGAGAAUAAACAGGGCAAUUAAUUGGGAUUAAUACCCAUAAUUGGGUAUUAAGGGGCAAUAAGUAGCUGCAAUUAAACGGUAAGGAAUUGGAAAAGAAAGCUGCACCGAUUUUUGCAGAAGUAAUUUUACAGAAGAAAAGAGCAAAUCCUUUUACGUGAAUAAGAAUGGAAGAGAUUGGGCUCAAGAAGGAUUAAGCAUCUCCCACUUAUUUAUUUAUUUGUUUUAGUUCAAAGGCCCAAAGCCAAUUGUGAACAAACAUUGGACUCCUUUAUUAUUUAAGAUGCCCAAACGUAUUAUUUUAUAUCUUGCGUUCCAACUUUUAUUAAUUAAAGUUCACGGAAAACUUUAAUUAUGUUGUCUCGUUCCCAACAAAAUUAAAUCGCACCACGUAGUCGACAUUCUAAUACUUGGUGUUAUUAAACACAACUUGGAGGCCUUGAGCCAAAGAGAUUCACAGGGAUAAUAACAACACCAGCACCAGCACCAGGCAGUGAAAAUCAAUGGCUUAUCCUCUCCAAUAUUCAUCUGAAAAUGCACUGGCCCUCUUGGGAUCACAAACAUCAGCCCCGUCCCACGAGUAGCUUCCCCUGUGGGCAGUGGGUGCGUGUGUGGAGGCCACUGGGGGCUAUGUCGACUCGAGUCAUGGAGUGUUCGGUGCUGGAAAUGCAACAACAUUGCCCUGUAACACACUUCACUUAUAUCUUAAUGCCACAAAGCAACAAACAUGUUCUCACAAUGAUUGAAAUCAUAAAUCUUCAUUUUACAAGAUAGUACUAAAAAAUUGCACUUUCAAGCAUCACUCUUUAAAACUGAUAAAAAUCAAUGUUGGUACCUUCAGCAAAAUCUAUAGCUACUUUUCCUAGAGAGAGCAAAACAAUUACCUAAGAGUGGUGUACAAUACAAUACAAUGAUGGUAUUCUGUGUGAAUAAACACGAUACAUAAUGAGCAUAGAGGAGGAAACAGAACACAUAACAAUAACAGAAUACACAAUUCCCAUGCCAUGGUUCAAGAUAAAAUCAGUAGUGAUAGGGGAUUAUACAUCCUCAGAAGAAUCAUAAAAUCUAUCUACAUCCAUUGCGUACACUAUUAAAAUGAGAAAUCAAAGAGGACAGAAAAUAAAUAAAUAAAAAUUAUCCAAAGAGACAAGCCGAACAACAAAUUGGUCGUGAAACGGCUUAAUUCAGUGUGCGGUGGUGAGAAUUAAUUAUUUGAAAUUAAAGUACCAUUGGUCCCAAAUCAUUGACGAGUCACGGGAGUAUUAAUUAAUUAAAACACUUGAACAUUAAUUAAAACACUGGCUAGCAUAUAUAGACGAAUGUUUGCCGGUUUUGAAUGGAAGAAUGGGUAUGAGGAUGUGGAGCAAGACGGACUGUAACACUACUAAAAAUGAGAGUAGUGGUUGGGUGAAUGACUUGGAUACAAUUGCAAUUCACAAUUUACAAGCAUUCUUCAUCUUCAUCACCCAAACUCUCAAUCAAGCAUUUUCUCAACCAUGGAAGCAGUGUCUUCAGCUGGCGUCGAAGUUAUUGUCCAAAAGCUGAUCAACGUUGUUAGGGAAGAGUACUCUCUGUUUCGAGGUCUCAAUGGAGAUGCCCGAAAGCUGCAGGAGACUCUGGAGAUGAUUAGAGCCUACCUGGGUGAUGCCGAGAAGAAAUCCACCAGCCAAGCUGUCAAGAUCUGGCUGAGGGAGCUGGAGGAUGUGGCUUACGAGGCCGACAAUGUCUUGGAUGAAUUCCAGUUUCACCGUCUCCUCAAAAAAAUCAACAAAUUGGAGACACCUAAUCCCAAGGUACUAUCAUGCUUGCCAUCUUGUAGUCGCAUUUCACAUCGCUAUUAGAUGGCUCAUACCAUCAAACGAAUUAAUGAGAAUUUUGAGUCCAAGUACAAAAGGGCAACAGAUCUUGGCCUUCAAAGCAUGAUUGUGAAUGCACCUGAUGUUGUUGCUGUUUCUACUUGCUAUGAGACUGAUUCGUUCAGUCAUGAUAGAUUCUUUAUUGGAAGAACAAAUGAUGUGCCUCAUCUAGUUGACAUGCUCACCCAGACCCACCCACAGGAAGAGGAACCGACUUUCUCCAUCCUUGCUCUGUUGGGAAUGGCGGGUAUGGGGAAAAAACUACCUUGGCUAGGGAAGUCUUUAGUGAUCCAAGGGUAGGGGCUCGAUUCCCAUCACUUAUUUGGGUCCAUGUUUCUCAAACUUUUGACCCAAUUAGUCUUUUCCAGAAAAUCCUUUCAACACUAACCCCUUCAGAUACCGCCGCUUCAAGCAGCGCUCAAUGCUCAAAAUUAUCUUCUUGUUCUUGACGACGUCUGGAAUGAAGAUGUUAGGGAAUGGGAAGGCUUUAUGAACUCCAUGUCAGGAGUUACAUCUGUUAAGGGAAAUGCAAUUAUCAUCACUACAAGAGAUGAAAAGGUUGCUUCAACUGUCAAACCAUUUCAUUUUCAUAAGGUAAAUGGCUUAUCAGAUGAUGAUUGCUGGUACAUAAUCAAAGGAAAAGCUUUUGAUGGAAAUGGACAAGUUCCACCAGAAUUUGAGACAAUUGGAAAAGAGAUUGUGAGAAAAUGUCAGGGUUUUCCUUUAGCCGCCAAUGUAGUUGGGGGCGUGCUGUGCCAUAAGUCCGUAGAAGAGUGGCAUUUGAUCAAUGAAAAAGGCCUUUCAAACUGCGAGGGUGGUGAAAAUAUCAGAAAGAUACUAAAAUUGAGCUUUGAUUAUAUGUCUUCACCAUCACUCAAAAAGUGUUUCGCGUAUUGUUCGAAUUUCCCCAAAGGUUAUGGAUUCAAUAAGAUAAAGUUGAUUGAACUAUGGAUGGGAGAGGAGUUACUUCAACCAAGCCAAGGAGAAGAUAUGGAGUCUGUGGGAAACAUAUUUCUUAAUGUUCUUCUACAAAACUCCUUGUUGGAAGUUUCAUACAACAGUUUCUAUGGAGGUCUUUGUUAUGAGAUGCAUGAUCUUGUGCAUGAUCUUGCAUCGUCUGUAUUGUUUAAUAGUACAGAUAGCAGGACCCCAGCUCGAUGCAUGUUUCUCGAAGAAGAAUUAAGUCAUAUUCCAAAAGAGGUGGCAAAGCAUUUGCUUACAUUAUUCUUGAAAGGUAAAACUUCUGGUAUUAUGUUUUCAGAUUUCCAAUCUCUGCAUAAUCUAACUAUUGGUGAAAUUGAAGAGCAUCAGUUGCCCAAUUCAAUUAGGGAGUGUAUACAUUUGAGAAAUCUUGAUCUUUCAAAUUCAUCGAUUAAAGACGUGCCGGAGCGGAUUGGUGAACUCAGUCUCUUGCAAACGUUAAGAGCAUCUACUAAAGACACGCCGGAGUUGUAUGCUGAUGAUUCAAACAAUUACUUGCGAAUGGUAAGAGCAUCAUCUGGGAAGACACUGCCAAACACGUUGAAGAAGUUGGUUAACUUGAGGCAUCUUUAUUUUGGGUAUGGUGUAGAGUUGCCUGGGGAAAUUGGGAGAUUAACUAAUCUCCAAGCACUGCCUUACUUCUCAGUGGGCAAAGAGAAGGGCUAUUAUAUUGAAGAACUUGGAACUUUGAGAAAUCUCAAAGGAAAACUAACUAUUCAAUCUUGAGAUGGUGCGUGACAAGGAAGAGGCCCUGAAAGCCAAUUUGUUUCAGAAGCAACACUUGUCUGAAAUGCAGUUUCAAUGGGGAGAGAAUUGUUCGGGUGACAGAAAUGAUGAGAGUGUGUUGGAAGGUCUCAGACCUCAUGCAAAUCUGAAGAGGUUGAUCAUUCAAGGAUACAAAAGGCAAAAGGUUUCAAACAUGGUUGCUGGGUGAACCUCGAGGCUCUUGCUUACCACCACUUCAUAACUUGGUUGAGAUAUUUCUCCAUUGGUGCUCAGAUUGUGAGGAAAUAACAUUCGGCCACUUGCCAAAUUUAGGGAAGCUCAGUAUAAGGGAAUUAAAGAGUUUGAAAUCAUUAGAUGGGCUGGAGAACCUCAAUUCUCUGAUGGCGUUGACUAUAGAAAACUGUACAAAUCUGAAGUCGAUUGGGAAUCCAAGAUGCGGAGAGGAAGGAACCCUCUUUCAUCUGAGCAUUGUAGGUUGCGGAGAACUGAUGGAAUUACCAAGUCAAAUGCUAGAGUUGUGGGCCCCUACAAUUCAGUCUGUUGGACUGGGAAAAUUAAGGAGUGUACAGAAUCUACCAAUGCUAAUUGACUGCCUCGCUAGGUCAUUUACUCAUCUCAGAAGAUUGGCAAUCACAGGUGUUCCUAAAUUGAUGUCUGCGGGAAGUGUUGAGAGUUGGGAUUUAGGUAGCUUGAAGUAUUUAACACUAGAUGUGAGUGUGGAGUGGUCAAACGGGAGUAGUGUUGCCAUUAAUGACACUGUGAAUGGCAUAUUAGAAGGGUGUUGCAAUUCACUUAAGCAGUUAACAUUGAUAGGGGUGGAAAGUUGGGAGUGUCUGCCUCAAUCAAUUCAACAUCUCACUUCUCUUCGGGAUUUAAGAUUAGAAAAUAUAGGGAUAGAAGAAUUGCCGCAAUGGUUUGACAAACUCUCAUUUCUACUUUCUUUACAUCUAGAUGGCUGCACAAAGCUUAGGCGUCUGCACUCUGUGGAUGCACUAAAGCCCCUCAUUAAAUUUCAUUUUUUCACGAUUAGCAAUUGUCCGAAACUAAGUAUUGAUUCGGAGUUGCUCAACCAUCCCGAUUUCGUAAUCAAGGUUGAUGGCAAUCCCAUUUGAAUCCAUAUCAAAGGCCUUGUUGGAUCACUACUGCAGAAAGUCUGCAAGCUGCCCAAACAGAGGUUGAAGGCAUCAUCAAAAUUCGUGCAGAUCCAGAAUACAAAGCAGGGGUUUUCAAGCUAUACGUUGUUUUUGCACUUGAUUUGCUCAUGUCACCCUUUUGUUUAAACCUUUCGCUUCUCAUGUGCCUAAAAAUCGUUUUCGCCAAUCAAAUUUGUUAAGUGCUGUUGUGACUGUACUAGUGUGCUCUUCUGAUAUGCUUGUAAACUUGUGUGUUUGGUCAAUCAUGCAUCAGUUUCCAGGA